CCCAUUAAAGUAAAGCAGACCAAACAGAUACGACACAGGUGAGCACUCCCCCACUGCUCACUCCGCCUUCUUUCCUAAUGAGUUUCCUGCUUUUGUGGGACAGACCGAGAAGAGCUACAAAAGAGUAGAAGGUAUGUGAUCGUCUAGAAAUUGCUUUGGAUUCAGAACUUGGAAAAAGGAGAUUCUACUUUCCCAUGCAAAACUCAUACAAUGGGAUCUUCUCGUUGUUUGGUACCUUCCCAUGUUCAGUGAUUUCCAACUUUUAUUUUCAAAAGAAAUCUUCAUUGUUUCCCUACAAGAAAACUCGAAAGGACGAAGGGAGAGUUCUAACUGGUGUCCUAUUCUUGGGUCAGAACGGGAAGCAGCAGUGCACAUUUUUCCUUGUGAUGAAGAGAGAAGUUAAACCAUGACUGCUCCUACCUACCGAGACCUCUUUCUGAUGUCUGUCCCUUUAACUGCUCAUCUGUUCUCAACUACCUGCUACCAACAUCUAUACUACCAUGUGGUUAGAGACACGCUGGAAGAACAUCCGCCAAACCCUGCUGCUUCUUUUCACUGCUGCUCUUCUCAUUGGCGUCACCAUGCUGGCCAUUUCAUCUAAUAUCAACCCAGUAGGCUAUUUCUUUCUAGGGGUAGGGGGAGUGUGCCUGGUCGGCUAUUUGCUGAGUGUGUUUGUUGAGUGUUACCUGAGGAAUCAACACCGACAUGACGCAAAUGAAAUACCUCCAAACAGUCAAAGCCAAGCAGGGGUGAAUGCUGCCUAUGAAGCGCCCACCUAUGAGGAGGUGAUGACCAUGUCAUCUCCAGCAAUAUGGACGAUUACAUCCAACCCAGGCCCAGUGCCCUCGCCAUUGAGCGAGCCUCCUCCUUACAGCGUCGUUAUCGAAUCCUCUGGCCAACAAGAGAUUACAGUGGAGGCUCUCCGGGUGUCAGUGCCACCAGACACGAGGCCCACCUCUGAGACAGACAUGGGCUCCAGGAUACAGCUGCAGCUGGUGUUGCCCCCAAGACCGCAGCGGUUUGUUUCAGACAUCCAUGAGGAGAGAGAUAUUGAAGACAGGUUUGAACCACUAGAACCACUCACUCCACCACCUGCUUAUGAGAGUGCCAUCAGUGAUGAGGUCUUUGAAGAUGCUUGCCAGCCAUCUGCAUCAUGAUUACUUUCACCUUCCAUGAAUACAGAACCAAACCCUUACCCUAAUACAGAAUGCUCCUAGAAAGAAGGUGAAAGGGCUGAGAUUUUUCAUGCCUGAAACUGUAAAAGUUUGUCUCACUAUUCUUUGAAACAGAGUUGAAUUACAAACACAGCUUCUGAUGUCACUAGAAUCUUUUUGCACAAAAUAAAAAUCGAUUCAAUACCACAAUGCUUCGACUUGGCAGAUACAUAAAACCGCUGUGAGAAAAGUUGUGUUAUAUACGGCAACAUUCUCAAACUGAAGAUACACCUUCAUGGGGGAAAAGAGCAAAUCAUGAGAACAGACAAGGUUAUCAAAGGACCUCUGACGAAGGACUGUAAGAUGCAGCCAAAAGAAUCUGCCUGGGAAAGGGGAGGAAUAGAAACAGCACUAAGCACGUUCUGCCUGUGCAUUACAAACAGCAAUAUUGCUGAGAGCUGUGCAGUCAUCAGCCACAUGGAAAUCCUUACAGAGAGACCUGCACUUCCCAUAGUUGCUGUUUUGCGGCAACAAAAAUUUAUGGUUUGCGCUGUUUCUCGCUGCCCCUCUGCCACACCUGUGCCACAUCCUCAGCUGUGCUGCACUGGAGCAUGGCUGAGGGGAGGGUGGCUGUCUGCAUCUGGAAGCUGGUACCACCCAAUGUGUGUCACUUAAGGUUAAAAAGCUGAUGGUAAGCAUGGCACCAUGAACUGACUUCUCUUCUUCACAAGGUUCUCAUCCCACAGAGCUGGUAGUGUACAAGAGGGGGAUAAGUUUUCCUCCUGUAAGAGAGGCUGGCAGUGGGAUAUACACACAUAUAAGCAUCCUCUGCCUAGAUCAGUAGUCUUGAUGGCUCUACAGUAGGGUGUGUGUCUCUAUUAUAAUGCAGCCCCUAACAGAUGGCUUGAGAUAUUUUAUUGUCAUCAUGGCAAGGACUUGCACAGAAAUUUCUGUAACCAUGCUGUACUCAGAGGCUUUUCUCUGGACUCUGGAAAGGUCCAGUCUGUCUGCCAAGGCCAGAGCUGCAGUGGAGAGCACCUGAGAGUAAUAGUCCCAAGGCACAAGUGGUCUUCAUCAUGAUGGCUCUAGGCUGGAGCCAGGUUUUAGCUCUCACUGAUCAGGGGUAAUGUGCAGUCUUUUAAAAUGGGUGAGUUAAACUGAUAGCCUCUGCAGUGCCAAAGUGGUCUACAUUCAUAAACUAUGCAAGGACACAUUCACAUCUGGUGAAUGUCCAAAUUAAAAAAUAAAAAUAAAAAUGGUCGUCCGAAUCUCCUAUGAAGGAGAGCAGCAAUCAUCACAGCCUUGCUUGUAUGACUGCAUCAUCUUGAAUUCCUAUGAGGAACCAUCAAACCACAGCUAGAAGCAAACUAUUUCUUAUAGUUUGAUUCUUUAUAGUUCAAAGGAAAAAAAAGGACCCUUUAUGUUGUUUGUAAAUAAACAGGACU